AUGGGUCGUCUGCAACGUGAAUAUGAUGAUCUGGAAGAAAUCGGACGUGGUGGAUUUGGAGUCGUUUAUCGUGCUCGAUGUAUUGCCGAAGGAAAAGAAUGGAGCGGAAAAAACGUUGCAAUCAAAAAGAUUGAUAUCACCAGAGCAACGAUGUUUCGAGUUGAAUUGGAAUUAGAAGCUUUAUCCAGACUUAUUCAUGACAACAUCGUAAAAUUUUAUGAUCAAUUCCAAGAAGAUGAUGCACAGUAUAUCAUCAUGGAGUACUGCAAACAUCGGUCAUUGCGAGAUUACGUUAAACAAAAUGGAAGAUUAUCUGAUUUUUCAGCGGCAUAUAUUCUUCGUCAGUUGGUAAGUGCAGUGAAGCACAUACAUGAACGUAAUAUGAUACAUCGUGAUCUCUCCGCUGGAAACGUCCUUAUUUCAUCAAUCAGAGAAGAUAAACUACUUGUUAAACUUGCUGAUUUUGGUCUUGCAACGAGAUUCCGGAAAGGUGAUAUUGCUAGGACAAUGCUUGGAACUCCCGGAUACAUCGCACCGCAAGUGUAUAAUCGGCAUUAUAAUCAAAAAGCAGACGUUUACUCCUUGGGUGGAAUAUUAUAUCUAAUGUUAACCGGUAGUGAUCCACCGCGAGAUCGGGAAGUGAACCCUUUCAAGGAAAAAAUCUCGCUGGAAGGUGCUACUCUUAUUCAAAGUAUGAUGGAUCCGAAUGAAGAAAGACGUAUAUCUCUUGGAGAUGUUUCAAUGAGUGAAUUCAUGAGAAAAGUUGAUGGACUUAGUCUUCCAAUAAGUCGAUCUCGAGAAACAUCAAGAGAAAGGAUCAUUUAUCGUGACUGUCAGGCUGCGCAUAUUUCACCGGUAAUUGUUCGAGCACAUUCAGCCAGACCAACGACUAGUGGAUAUAAACGUAUUACUAAAGAUUCUGCAUUUGAAAGUGGCGAAAGUAGUCAUCCUUUUCGUCGACGACCAUCUCUGAAUUGCUAUCGUGAUGAAUCGGCCGGCGUAGAAAAUUGUCGACAUAGUACUUAUUUGGAGAAUCAAUGUGCACACUGUGGCAAGCGACAGUCAUUCGAAAGGAAGUAUGGAAGGGAGACUGACGAUCGCAAUGGUAUGCGGCAUUUAUCACGUGCGGAACGAAGACCUGCAUUUAAUACCAAUCUGAAGCAGAUGAAGGAAAGCUUUGGUGACCAUUCAAAUAAAACAACUGCCGAACUUAUAUGGCCAGUUGAAGUAUCACGUUUGGCUCCUUCUGAGAUCGUACGAAAAGCUGGAAAGUUUACACUUCAAAAAAAUGGAACGAUCAUUUACGAAGCGACUAUCCGGGAUCGUAGUCGCUCAGUUAAUCGAAAUGGCUCUAUAAAUGAUGAGAUGCUAGUAAAAUGGAUUGCGACAGUAAAAAAACAUCGAAUGGAGCGCAGAAUUUUUCCGUUUUUCACCAACCAGAUAAAUGUGCUUCUCCUGUUACAAAUAAGGAAUUUAAAACAGCUGCAACGCACGGUCGACAAAGUAGAUGAAAUUGCUUUGGCGUUGUACAAGCGAAUUCUAAAUGAAAUCAGUGCAGUAGGGGGGCGCGUUGUCAAGAUUAUCUUUAAGCCAUCAAGUGAUAGCACUGCUCGGCUGAUGGAAAAUGGCGAUUUUCGAGUAAAAUUUCAAGAUGGGCGGUUAGCUAUACUGAAAAAAAACGCUAAUUCGAUUGUUGUUACAACAAAUAAUAAGGCUCCCGCAUCUUUAUCAAAUGAAGAAAGGUGCAUGUUCGAGUGUGCUCAUACGGAUGCACUUUUGUUGGAGACAUUCUUGGAGGGUGCGCCGUUUAAGACUAUGCAAUCAUUUCCAUUUCACUUCUCAAACAGCAGUCAAUUCAUUAUGAAUGAGGUGAUCGAAAUGCCAAAGGAAAAAAAUUUGACGGAACAGCAAACAAAACACAUGAUCUCGGAAAGAUUCAGCGCUCCCACUCAACGAGCGCUGAAUGCCAAUUCCAUAGACAAAAACUACCAAUCCACAGAUUACGUGCCGAGGCAGUCUCGGGUACCACUUCGCACCCGCAAUAUUUCAUCAUCAUCUCGAAAUUCAAGUAAUGAUGUCGAAAUUAUUCAGAAAACUAGACAAACAAAUUGCUCAUCACCCGAAAAUCUGCAGUUGCCUCGCCGUCGACCUCGAAUGCUUAGCGAUGGAGAGUACAUCUUGCGCGGUCAGUUUAAUAAAAGUGGUAUACAAAUCCCAACUCGAAUCAUUUUAAGUAAUCCACAGAAUGCGCUCGAAUUACGAAUAUCCUCUAACGAUCCAAAAAUUUUUGUUUUUAAAGAAGAUGGUCAUGAGGAAAGGUUUCGCUUUGAUGGUUGCAAUUACGGCUGCGUUCCAGUAGCCGCUCGUGAUCUUCUUUUCACUCUAUGCCAGAAGCGGCAAAAAUUAAAAACAUCAUUAAAUUACGCAUGA